AUGUCAUUCAAAUUGCUUCGUGGCGGUACAGUGCUUGUCCAUGAUGAGCAUGACCGUGUCAAUGUGCUGCAGAACACCGACGUACUCAUUCAAGGCAAUAAAAUUGUCGAGAUAUCCCAGGGCAUACAAGCACCAGUGGAUACAGAAGUUAUUGAUUGUGUGGACAAGCUGAUUAGUCCGGGAUUCGUCGAUACUCGUAGGUUUCCCUUCCCUAGAUCAUCUCCAAGUACGUCCGUCAAAUUGACAAAGGGCAGAUCAUCAUGUCUGGCANNGACUCAACUCAAGGGCCGACAUGCAAACGAACUCCUGCUUGAGUACUUCUACUCGGGAAACUUCAAUUCCAGCGUCUUCUCGGCCGGAGACAUAUUCUGGGGUCAGCUCGGUGGGACGAUGGAGAUGAUCAAUGGAGGUACAACAUGUGUGGUCGACCAUGCCCACCUCAACUAUGGACACGAGUACAAUACCAGUGCAAUCUCAGCUACAGUGGCUUCCGGGAUCCGUUCAAUCUAUGGCUACACCCCAACGGCACGUGUUACAUCCUGGAAUCCUCUCGUGAUAGACAACAACAUACUCGCCGACGAAGUUAUUAACAACUUGGAAGAGCUUGCUUCGGCUGCCCCUUUUGGCAACGGCAGAGUCACUUUAGGCUUCGCUUUCGAUGGUUGGUUUCUCCCCAAACAAUCAGUCAUUUCACUGUUUGACAAAGUCGCCAAACUCGGGAUUCGAACAAUUACAUGUCACAACGUCCGCACGCCCUCAUUUGGUGCCUCCGGUUCGCUCCCCAAGUUGAUCGAUAGCUACGGUCUAUUGGACGACAGGUUUUUGUUCUCGCACGCAAACAAUAUGACACCCGAGGAAGUAGAACUUUGUCACUGCAAGGAAUUCUGGAUCAGUAGUACCCCUGAUACAGAACUACAAAUGGCUCAUGGCUCACCAGUUUGUUUCGACGACAAGAUCGGCGUACAGAGCAGAUGCAGUCUGGGUGUGGACUGCCACUCGAACAAUUCAGGAGACCUCCUGACACAAAUGCGACUGGCAUUGCAGUCGGCACGCGGCAGAUCUAAUGAAAAAUUCAACACAAAGGGCAAAGAUCCCAGGUCAGUAUACAAGACAGUCGAGGAAGCCUUCAACCUGGGCACCAUUCAAGGCGCUCGUGCAGUGCACAUGCAAGACCGUAUCGGAAGCAUAGCCGUCGGCAAAGCUGCCGACAUUGUCAUNCUUGACGCGACAAGUGUAGCUAUGGUCUGCGCUGCUCAGCAUGAUCCCGUAGCAGCCAUCGUGUUGCACAGUUCACCCGCAGAUGUGGACACAGUAAUCAUUGACGGAUAUGCCAGAAAGCGUAAUGGACGUUUGUUGCCUGUGCACUUGGACGAUGUCGGUCGAUCUGUCGUUGACAAAGAAACGCUGGAAUGGAAAGAGGUCGCAAAAGCGUUGGUCAAAGGACGAGAAGUGAUCCAGAAGAAGAUUGACACGCAUGAUGUGGAGAAUGCAAGGAAGGUCACGAUCGAACGUUUCCGCAUCGAUGAGUCCAGAAUUUGCCACAAGGUCGAUGAUAUUUAG